AAUAUAUAUAUAUUUUUGUAGGGUUGAGUUUCGUUCUGUUCUGUUUGAUUGAUCUAAUUUGAGAAUUUCUUCGGCCAGAAUGGAAGGAGCGAGCAAUGGAGGGAUGUUGUACCACGAGGUACAGGAGUCGAAGCUGUGCGCUGUGCAUUGCGUCAACACGGUGUUGCAGGGCCCUUUCUUCUCGGAGUUCGAUUUGGCGGCGCUUGCCUACGAUCUUGAUCGGAAAGAGCGCCAGAUGAUGCUCGAAGGCGGAGGUGUCGUUUCCUCCGCCGGAGAUUUCAACUCCCAGGAGUCCCACAAUGUCUCCUUGGACGGCGAUUUCAGUAUACAGGUUUUACAGAAGGCUUUAGAGGUGUGGGAUUUGCAAGUUAUUCCUCUGGACUGUCCUGUUGCUGAGCCUGCCCAGAUUGACCCCGAGCUGGAAAAUGCAUUCAUCUGUCAUUUACACGAUCAUUGGUUUUGUAUCAGAAAAGUCAAUGGAGAGUGGUAUAAUUUUGACAGUUUGUAUGUUGCUCCUCAGAAUCUUUCGAGGUUUUACCUCUCAGCAUACCUUGAUUCUUUGAAAGGUGAUGGCUGGAGUAUUUUCCUGGUGAGAGGAAAUUUCCCAAAGGAGUUUCCAAUCUUAUCCUCUGAAGCUUCUAAUGGUUAUGGACAGUGGCUUUCUCCUGGAGAUGCGGAGAGAAUUACUAAAUCCUCCAACUCAAUACAGGCUUCCCAAGCAACAAAUCAGCUGGCUCGAGAAUCUUCCAAUCCAUAUUCUAUAGAGGAUGCAGAAAUGCUUUCAGAAAUGGAAGACGAGGACUUGAAAGCAGCAAUAGCUGCUAGUCUGAUGGAUUCUUCCUCAACAAUGGCCAGUACCGAAUCUAACACGACACAAAAUGAAGAUCAGAAUGCCAAAGAAAUGGAUUCUUCCUCAGUAAUAGCCAGUGAUGAAUCUAACACAAUGCAAAAUGAUCAGAAUGGCAAAGAAGUGGAUUCUUCCUCAACAAUAGCCAGUGAUGAAUCUAACACAACGCAAAAUGAUCAGAAUGCCAAAAAAGAUACUGCUCGAUCCCAAUAGUGUUUUUUUUUUCUCUUUUUUUCUUUGAAAUACUGGCCAAAGAACGAUGACUAUGUGAGAUUGAUGUUCAAAUACUUGAGGAGCAUGGCAAUAUGCGGUCCAUAUGUUUCUUAGACUCUGGUAAAGUCUAAAAUGUUGCUGUAAUUUACUUUGUGGGGGGAACAAUCCUCAAUUAUUCUUAUGGUGGUCAAGGACUUCCUCCUUUUUGUGUUC